AACUUUCUACUUCCUCCCUGUGCGCGCUGCGUUCGGUUCCCAAUCGUCCCUGUGAUGAAAGUGACCGCAUCCGGCACGGAACGUCGGGCUGCUACAGAAUACCAGAGCGGUAGCAUUUUUCGUGGUUGCUCUGUCGACAGCGGUGCCGUGCCGAUGGCCCCGGCCAAGCUGAACUAUCGCAUCUCCGUGUCGACAUUUUUCGCCAAGGCACAUCCGAACGAUGAGUGCUGCGGCACUAACGGGCUCCCGUUGACGCCGAACUCAAUCGGCAUCUUUGGCCGAUCGCAGCAGCUCAAAUCGGAGGCACUGCGGCACGAGAAUCUCUGCACCUACCUGGACGUGAUACGGGGCAAGCACGAACGAACGAUCAUUGUACAGGAGUACGUCGGCAGUCCGCUGAACGAAACAUUCAUCGGAGAGAACAACAAACAGGAAACGCUGUUGCGCAUCGGGUGCCAGCUGCUCGGAGCGCUAGCUCAUCUGAACCAGUGCGGUCUGGUGUGCCGCAAUCUGGAACCUAGCAACGUGCUGGUAAGCCGCGAGUUUAGUGUGAAGCUGUACAACUACGGUCUCUACCACAUGACCUGUGGAGGCCGGUACGUGUCGUUUCCCAUCGGCAACGUGAGGUACCAGGCGCCGGAAGUGCUGCUCGGUAGCCGUGAAAACGUGAAAAGUGACGUGUGGAGCCUGGGAAUAAUACUGGCCGAACUGGCACUCGGUUGCACGCUGUGGGAGUCGCUCAAGCUGUCCCAGAUCGUGCGCAAGGUUCUUAGUCUCGUGAACACGCAAAAUGUGUUCGAAAAAAUCGCCCGCGAGCACGACCGACUGGACGUGUACGAAGCAAUGGAUGCCGGUUUGCGGCGCAUCGUGCAGGAAUGUCUCAGCAUCUCGCUGCGGCGCAGACCACUGCCGAAGGAAGCGCUAGACGAUCCGGUGUUUGAUUUCGUUCGCAUCGUAGAUUUGUCGCCGGUCGACACGAGCGGGUUGACGCUGGUCGAGAAACAUCUGUCGCUGAAUCAAAUCUAUUAUCUCUGGCAGCUGGCCGGCGGAGACGUGCAGCAGGAGCUGAAGAAGGAGGGUUUAAUCAAGAGCGAAGCACCGAUCCUAUCGCUGCCGAAUUUGGUGAUGUUAAAUGGAAAGUCAAUUUCGCCGCCGAAAAGUCAGAGCUUUCUGCAUGACAAUCGUAUCAUUUUUCUCAGCUUUAACACGCUGCUGGAACGGCUGGUCACGAUACCGGAGGAAAAUUAUUUGCCGCUCAUCUACAAUACGGACGGGUAUCUGGAGUCGCCCAUUUUCAAGACCGAACUCCCGCUGGUGAUACGCGAACGAGACAUGAUCUAUCAGUUUCACCGAAUCGUCGUGCUGAACACACUGCUGCAAGGCUACCCCUACACGCAGGACCUGCUGCGUUCGUUCGCCGCGAAAGACAUUCCGCCGCUGUUUCGCGGCCAGGUGUGGGCCUGCCUGCUGGGCGUCGUUGAGAACGGGUUGUACGAGCGGCUGGACAAGUGCAGCCCGACGCACACCGACCGCCAGAUCGAGGUGGACAUACCGCGGUGCCAUCAGUACAACGAGCUGCUCUCCUCGCCGGAAGGCCACGCGAAGCUGAAGCGCUUGCUGAAGGCGUGGGUGACGGCCCACCCCCAGUACGUGUACUGGCAGGGGCUGGACUCCCUGACCGCCCCGUUCCUGUUCCUCAACUUCAACAACGAAGAGCGUGCGUUUCUCAGCCUGUACAAGUUCAUCCCAAAGUAUCUGCACCUGUUCUUUCUCAAGGACAACUCGUCCAUCAUCAAGGAGUACUUGGUAAAGUUUUUCCAGCUCAUCUUUUUCCACGAGCCCGCGCUGGCGAAGCACCUGCACGGCAUCAACUUCAUACCGGAGCUGUACGCCAUACCCUGGUUCCUGACAAUGUUCAGCCACGUGUUUCCGCUGCAUAAAAUAUUCCACCUGUGGGAUAAGCUCAUCAUGGGUGACAACUCGUACCCGCUGUUCAUCGGCAUCGCGAUACUGCGGCAGCUGAAGAGUACGCUGCUGAAGUCGGGCUUCAACGAGUGCAUUCUGCUGUUCAGCGACCUGCCCGACAUUGUGAUCGAGACGUGCGUCAACGACUCGGAGACCAUGUAUCAAUUUACGCCGAAAAGCAUCACCUACCGGAAGUACGCGCUCCACGAGGAGGCACCCGAGGAAUUUGACCUCAACUACACGGAGGAGGAUUUGCGGGAGGUACAAGCGGAGUUGCACCCGCGCAUCAGCGUGUACGAUUUGAUCCGGCUGCUGCGCGAUCGGCCCGCCAGCACGGCGAUACUGGACAUCCGCAGCAGCCCCGACUUCCGCAAGGCGUCGAUCGAGAACAGCAUCAACGUGCCGUUCAGCUCGGUCUCGCUCAAGGAGCCCCGGCUGGACGCGCUGAGCGUGCCGAAGCUGGAGGCGUACCUGCGCCGCCAGCCGGUGGUCGUGGUCGUCGUGAGCGUCUCGCACGAGAGCGCGAUGCUGUUCGCCAAGUUUCUCGUCGACAGCGGCCUACCGUACGUGGCCGUGCUGCACCGUGGGUUCGAGGCGAUCUAUCGCACCGACAACAAGCUGAUCCUGCAGACGUUCGACUACAUCAACAACCUCGCCAAGCAUGUGCCGUCGAUAGCGUCGUUUGCCGAGUAAAGCACGCCAGUGCAGGCCACUACAUAUUUACCGAAGGGGACGCACAUCUACCUGCUUACCUACAGCAAUAUCCGCAUGCAACUAUACGCAAUACUCAAGCAAGAAUCGAAACGAUGUUGGUUGACAAAAGGGUUAAAUAAAACUCGUGCCGGAAGAGACGGAAAAAGAAAACACAA